UAUGCCAAAGGAAGCCGAAGGGAACGGGAACAAAUAAUGGCUGCAGUUACGGAUGAUUUUGCCAAGAAGUGCCAAGUGAAGCAGAACGAAACGCUGGGCAGAUUUGUGAUUGCUUUGGGCAAUAUACGAGCUGGCGAAACCUUGCUGCUGGAGGAGCCCAUCCUCGUCCUUCCCCACGCUGGCGACAGACGGUGCUCCAAAUGCUUUAAGCUGACGGAGGAGUUUUGCAGAAAGUGCCACCUGUUGGCCCUGUGUGGAGACUGCUCCGAGCAUGAUGAACGAGACUGCAAAAGACUCAGCGACCUUAAACUCUCCGAAGAGCAAGUGCUUCUUCUGCAGGAAAAGAAACAUUCUGAGGUGCAAUCUGCCCUCAAAUGCAUACUCUUAAGGGAGCACUUGGAGACCCAACCACUUUAUGAGGAAAUAUCGCAAAUGGAAAACCAACUGACAGCCAGGAGGGGCACUGACAUCUGGAAGAACAACCAGGAACAUGCCUAUAAUCCUCUAGAAAAGAGUGGAGUACUCAAACAACUAAAUAGUGAAGCCAACGAGGAUCUGGUGCAGGGUCUAUUGGGUAUGUUGGAUGUGAAUGCCUUUGAAAUACGAGCUCCGGAGUCCGGCGGUUCCAUGAGGGGACUAUAUCGUCGGGCAGGACUUUAUCCGCACAGUUGCAUGCCCAACCUGGUGACCGCCAUUGAUGACGAGAGACGCAUAAAGGUGUACGCCAAUCGAUUCAUAGCUGCUGGGGAGAUCCUCUACAAUUGCUACACCAAUAUUCUUCUGGGCACUGACGAGCGUCGCCACAUCCUGAAAGCUGGUAAGUGCUUCGACUGCACCUGCUCCAGGUGCCAGGAUCCUACAGAGCUGGGCACGCACAUGAGCAGCUUUGUCUGUAGCAAUUGCGCCUGCCCAGGGGGUUACAUAGUGCGCCAGCCGGAAACCGGGACCUGGCAGUGUCUCAUGAAUCCGGAACACACCCUCAAACAAGAGUUCGUGGCCAACAUGCUGGAACGAGCCAAGGAAGAGAUUUUUCACGCCAGGGAUGAUAUUUACCGGCUGGAACUCCUCCUGGCUAAGCUGAGUCGACUUCUCCAUGGGAAUCAUUACCUUAUGCUGGAUCUUAAACAGAAUAUAGCCUCUAUUCUGCGCCAGAUUCUUCAAAACAUGGCCCAUCGUCCGAAUAAAAAGGUCUACGAGCGCAAGAUUCGUUUGUGUCAAGAGAUCUUGCUGGUGCUAAAAGUGCUGGCUCCUGGAAUCUCCAGGCUGAAGGCUAUAGCCCUUUAUGAGUUGGCCAAUACCCAGGCGGAGUUGGCCAGAAAACUCUACAGUGAACAAGAGCAGAGUGCCAGGGAUCUUUUGGUGGAGCUGGAUGAAACGGAGGUGAUGAUGCGGGAGUCGCUGCGUAUGUUGCUCUUCGAGCCCUUGGCCACUCCAGAGGGUCAGCUUUCGCGUAACAUGCUCCGGGAGUUGAAGGAACUCAAAAAUGACAUAAAAUUACUACAAGAGCCUAAUGAUGAUGUGGUCCACUAAAAAGAAUAUAUUUUUGGCAUUUGAUUUUGUUCAAAUAUAAAUAAUCAUGAUCUUAAAAUUAAAAGAAACUUUUCCGUUA